ACAGUUCGUCACAGCGAUUGGCCGGACGCGGUUUCGAAAGUUUUUACAGCAGGCUGGAUUGCAUGUAGGGGACAGUUGACAGCACUUUUCGCAAACUGUAAAAUAAUUGAAUCGACGAAGAUAUCGGCUGUCUUCUUCUUUUUCGAGCUCAGUCAAGAGAGAAGGAGACAACAGAUAGUUCUUUGGUCGAUUCGACCGCUUGACGCAAGCUAACGAAGGGGGGGGGGGAGUAGCAGCUGUCCCCUCCACGUGCAACUGCGUGCAACCAGUGUACAAUAGAAAGCUUUUGGAAUGGCAUCGUUGAUGGUUUCAUUAAGAAGAAACCACGUGUUACGUUUACUACGACUUCCACCUUCUCUCGUAUCUUGUCUCGGUUUCGAGUGAGUCACAUUGUGAAAUGCUUCCUGACGCCCGGCAAUAGUUUUUAAAUUCAGCCCACGAGCUUUUACGGUUUUUUAAUACAAAGUUGCAAGCUCUCGUUUGUCCGUUAUCAGCAUAAAAAUAUGGUUUCCAUGAACACGAGGGGAAGAUCGAUAUCAACGUAUGUACAUUAAUUAUCAAUCGUAGCAGAAUUUGCGUCGCGGAGCGUUUCCUGAGCUUUGACGCGCAAAAUGCUCGCAAGAGGUAAUACAUCGUGGGACAAAAAUAUGCAUGGAGAUAACACAUCAUUUGAUCCCAUCGAACAUCAACACAUAAGAUAUAAUCCAUUGAGAGGAGAAUGGGUACUGGUAUCGCCGCAUCGUAUGAAGCGACCUUGGGGAGGUCAAAUAGAAUCGAGUACGGAGGAGGAACUCCCGGAUUACGAUCCCAAUAAUCCACUUUGUCCAGGAAACGUUAGAGCUAGCGGAGAAGUAACUCCAUUAUACCAAAAAACAUUUUCGUUCGUGAAUGACUUUCCUGCUUUAUUAGAAUCUGUGCCAGAUCCACCAAAAUCAGAUGAUGAAUUGUUUCAAAUGGGAUCCGCUAAAGGUACCUGCAAAGUGAUGUGCUUUCAUCCAAAGUCAAAUGUAACAAUAGCAUUGAUGAGUAUUUCUGACACUAAAGAAGUAAUUAAACAGUGGAUCUGUGAAAUGUUGGAGUUGGGUGAUAAGUGGACUUGGGUACAGAUAUUUGAGAAUAGAGGCGCUUUGAUGGGUUGCAGCAAUGCACAUCCUCACUGUCAAAUAUGGUCCAGUUCAUUUUUACCGAACGAAAUUAGAAUAAAAGACGGAUAUCUCAAAGAUUAUUAUAUGCGUAACAAAAAACCUCUUCUCAUUGAUUACAUGCAAAAAGAAAUUUUAAAAAAGGAUCGUAUUGUAAUGGAGAAUCGUGAUUGGAUAGUUGUAGUUCCGUUCUGGGCAGUUUGGCCGUUUGAAACUAUGGUAUUACCAAAGAAGCAAGUGACUCGAAUGCCUGAUCUGUCGGAAAGCCAACAAGAAACUUUAGCUGUUAUUAUGAAGAGACUGUGUACAAAAUAUGAUAAUCUCUUUCAUUGUUCUUUUCCAUAUUCGAUGGGUUGGCAUGGUGCUCCAACGGGUCUAUAUAAUCACGAUGAUUAUCCAUAUUGGACUUUUCAUGGAAUAUACUUGCCACCUUUAUUACGAUCUGCUACCAUAAAGAAGCACAUGGUCGGCUAUGAACUUCUAGCUCAAGCACAGAGGGAUCUAACACCAGAGCAAGCAGCAGAAAAGUUAAGAAACUUACCAGAUGCUCAUUAUAAGCAACCAGAAACUAGUUUAACUGUAGAAGAUAUAGAAAAAUAUUCGAAAUAAUUGUGUUUUUAGAUAUAUAUUUUCUAUAGUUAUUUAUAUGAAAAUCUAAGAACGCAAAUUUU